AAAACGUGCUCACCCUACACUCAACCGCCUCUAUCUAAACCUUUUCUGGGGUGUUGGACUAGGACAUUGAUUGUGGUCUCUGGCUCGAACUGCCACCAUGGCCAUUGUUGCUACGAUCUCUGUGUCCAUGGCAGUUCUAUCUUACAUACUAUGGAAAUACAGGUCAAAUAAAAAGACCUAUUUGUCCCUUUCGACGAAGAAGAAAUCUAGAAAUGGACUUAUUGAUGCUAUUGGUAACACUCCCUUGAUUAGAAUCAAUAGCCUCUCUGAAGCUACCGGUUGUGAAAUUCUGGGGAAGUGUGAGUUUCUGAAUCCAGGAGGCAGUGUGAAAGAUAGGAUUGCUGUGAAAAUAAUUAAAGAGGCCCUGGAAUCUGGCCAGCUAUUUGAGGGUGGAGUUGUUACUGAGGGAAGUGCAGGAAGCACUGCUAUCAGUCUUGCUACAGUGGCUCCUGCUUAUGGAUGCAGAUGCCAUGUGGUUAUCCCAGAUGAUGCAGCUAUUGAGAAGUCCCAAAUUCUUGAAGCUUUGGGAGCUACUGUUGAAAGGGUAAGACCAGUUUCAAUCACACAUAGAGAUCACUAUGUCAAUGUUGCUAGGCGACGGGCAAAGGAAGCAAAUGAAUUAGCAUCAAAACUUAGAAAAGAUCACCAAACAGAUGGUGAAGCCCCUGACCAAAUAAAUGGUUUCGAAUCUGAUGGAGAGAAACCUUCUGAUUUCUCAAGAUACUGCAGUGGUGGUUUCUUUGCUGAUCAGUUUGAAAAUUUGGCAAAUUUCCGGGCCCACUAUGAGGGUACUGGCCCUGAGAUUUGGAAACAAACUUGUGGCAAUGUGGAUGCAUUUGUGGCUGCUGCAGGCACUGGUGGGACUGUGGCUGGUGUUUCUAGAUUUCUAAAGGAAAAGAAUUCAAAUAUCAAAUGCUUUCUCAUUGAUCCUCCUGGUUCUGGUUUGUACAAUAAGGUAACACGAGGAGUUAUGUACACUAAGGAAGAGGCUGAAGGGAAAAGACUGAAGAAUCCAUUUGACACAAUAACCGAAGGAAUUGGAAUUAACAGAAUAACACAGAAUUUUAUUAAGGCAGAACUUGAUGGUGCUUUUAGAGGUACAGAUAAGGAGGCUGUUGAAAUGUCAAGGUACCUUUUAAAGAAUGAUGGCCUCUUUCUGGGGAGUUCUUCAGCCAUGAAUUGUGUCGGGGCUGUUAGAGUUGCACAAUUGAUUGGCCGAGGUCACACGAUUGUUACCAUUCUGUGCGAUAGUGGGAUGAGGCACCUAAGUAAGUUUUGCAAUGCUGGGUAUCUAUCAGAGCAUGGUUUAACACCCAUAGCAACUGGAUUAGAGUUUCUUGGCAUCAAAUAAUGAUCUGUGCUGGUCAUCUUCCCCCAAAGUUGAAAAACAUGAUGCAACCAUUCUCAUUUGUGAAGUAUUGUUAAGACUGCCCUCUAAUGGCUUGAUGUGAAAUUUUUGGCAAUAAGAUUCGGAAGCAGUUAUGUUAGGUAGGUUGAUCACCAUUCAUUUCACGAGGAUUAGGACGUUAUCAUCAGUAUUAAAGUGACGUCAAGUAUUUUCUCCAUGUAAAACAUUAUAAUAGUUGAAGAUCACAAUCUUUCCUUA